AUGACAGACAUGAUGAAACGUAAUUUGAGUAACGAUAUCGGUCGUGAUGAAGACGGUAGCGACGUCUCCCGGUCGAGUGAUGAAGAUAUGGACCCUGUGGGAUCGACAAGUUGUAAGGAUCCAGGUGGCAUCAGAGAUGAAGUUAUGAACGGGAUAUACAAUGAUGCCAGCCAACAUCACCCAACAGAACAAGGAUCUGUCCAAACAGUCGAGAACAACAAAAGAAAAGCAGAAGAGGACGUUUCCAUACCUGACGAAGGUGUUAAGGUUCCUGAAGACUCCACUGACCAACGUGUCAGUGAUACGGGAGGCUCACCUGAAGAACAGACAAAAAAGACCGAUAAGGGGAAAAAGAAGAAGAGGAAAAACAUAAUAAACAUUAAGGGACAAUGGCGGAAAUGACUGUGUUAAUGGACUUAGAGAUCAUCGGAAGCGUCGUCUGCUGUUUGACUUUUUAAAGUAUGAAAAAUUUGAUGUUAUAUUUCUUCAAGAAACGCAUAUUGCAACCGUUGAAGAUUGUGUAAAAUGGAACAAGGAGUCGGGACUGAAAGGGUA